CGCAAAUUCAAAGUCGCAAGGGUUCAGAGCCUCGUCUCAUCUAUUACCUCUCACAAAGUUUGCUUCGGCACAAAUCCAAAUCAAAGCACUUUGGUAGAAGCGAAGCAACGUUAGUACUAUGAAAACUGUGUUGUCCUUUCUCGUUGUUGCCCUUGUGAGCCUUCCUGGUUCGCUGGCUCGAGUUGGAACUUCUCACGUUGCCGAUGAAGAUGAUCAUCAUCCUCGAGGACUCGAACGCGCCCUGGAUGAUGCCAUCACCUACCUGAAUCCAUCCACUAUCGACUACAAUCGCGAGGGCAAAAAGAUCAAUCCAAGCAAAGGUGGAGACUUGUUCGAUGGCUACCCCGACUUUCCUCACUCUUCAAUUGGUUUCCUGUGGCAAGACGAUGACGAUGCAACGAUCAAAUGGAGACCUCAAGGCAUCAGUGGCUUCGAGUACGAUGGAAAAGAGUACUUGUUGGUGUCAUGGUAUGGCAAAAAGAAGAAGCGCAGGUUUGACUAUCGCAACCGCGGCUUUCGCGUCAGCUUUGUUGACAUUACCGACAUGGACCGCAUCAAAUAUCGACACAUUCUCUUCGUCGACGAAGACGGCGAGACUUACGAGGACUGCCAUGCCGGGGGCCUCGCCUUCAAGGAUGGUGUGCUUCACAUCCCCGACUCCAGAGGAUCUAAUGACCAGAUCCUAACCUUCCCUAUCGAUGCCAUUGAGGAGGUUGAUGCCGACUCAUACUACAACUAUAGGUAUGUGAUCAGAGCAACCGGUUCUUACACGAUGCCCAUCAACCCGUCUUUCCUGGGAUACGACCCAAUCGACGACCAAUUCUUGGUAGGCUCCUUUCUUCAGAACACAGAUGACAACAAGGGAAAAGCGAAGAGCUUGGGAUGGUACAGCGAGGACUCCACCGAAGAUGUUUCCGUUUGCGCUGACUUCUUUUGGGAGAUGCAAGGUGCCGCAAAAACCAAUAUCGAAGGCGUCGAUGUCCUCAUUGUGUCUGCCAGCUAUGGACGGAGCAAGGAAAGUAGGCUUUUCCUGGUGAACUUUGACGAAUGCAGCGAAGAAGACGCUCCCAUGGAUGACGAAAUGAAACGAAAGAAGAUCAUGUACCCUCCUGGGAUGGAGGAUGUCCAUGUUUCCCCCACAUCUGAGUAUGUCUGGUUCCUCACCGAAUUCGGUAAGAAGGAACGACUCCCCUUCACUCCUGGCGCGAAGAAUCGACGUGUGACCUUUGCAAUCAAGAAAAGUAAGAUUGUUGAUUUGCUUGGUGUGGAAGCCGACUCUAGCGACUCCAGUGACUCCAGCGACUCUGGCGAAGGUGAGUAGUUUGAUUGAUUGAGUUCAAGAUGCGCAAGAGGGUACCGUAGGAUCGAUAACUGCAUAGACCAUUAGCCAUUUCU